AGGAUGUUUCAUGAGAGAAGACUCCUUGUUGUGCCAAUUUCUUCAGAGGAACCUCGGUUGGCUCAUGUGGUAUAAAAAUCUUGAUGAACAAGAACUGUUGUAAGUAUAACACGGAGGAACCAAAAGUAAUGUCGCGCGAGCGAACGACCAUUAUACUGAAAUAUUAGAGCCACAAAGAAGUUGAAGUAGAACAACAAAGAUGGGUGGCAAAGAGGACUACGAUGAUUUUGGAUAUGAGUCUUCAGAGGCUGGCAACUCUUCUGAUUCGGAGCGAGACCACGCCAGACACGCCUUUAAAGGCGACGACAGUGAUGGAGAUGAUAGUGACGACGAUAAUGUCUAUCAAGGACGAGGUGGUCGUAAACACGAGAAUGGUGAGGAUGACGAGGAUUUGAUGUAUGCCUCCUUGCGGACUCUGAAAGCGCCACGUGGCAGUAGUAAGGAUCAGCAUGGCCGCCCAGAUCUCCAGCACGGCACAACUAAAAGGAAGAAGAAGAAAAAAAACGAUCGUGACGAUGUUGAGACUUUGCUACGCCUAGGUGCCGAAAACGCCAAACGAAAGCGAGAAGAAGCUGCUUUUGAGGACGAUCGUCGUGACGUCUCCUGGGAUCCCAUAGCAGAAGAGCGUGCCAAGAAGAAGCAAAAAGUGUUCGAACAACUGAAGAAAAAGGAACAGACAAGUGGCGUAACAGGGAGUCAUGGAUUGGCGAAGGUGCAAUUGCAUGGCUUACUCAAAGCCCCAUCAUUGAAUGGGCGACUCGGAUGGGUAUCGAGGUGUUUGUUCGACGCUGCGGUUGGAGAAGACAGCACGACAAAAGAAGAGCGAUUGUCUGUUACCCUCCUUGCUGGUACUGGUACUGGUGGAAUUAGUAGUACAGGAAAUGCGAAUGCAAAUGCAAAUGAGGUGAAAAGCCUAUUACCGAAAAAUCUAGUGGAAGUGCGUACUGGGAGUCUAGGACGCAUUAGUGGGCUUGAAGGCGCUAGAGAGCUAAAUGGGCAGUUGUGUCAAUACGGAGCGUUUCAUGUCGAGGCAGGUCGUUACGAUGUCGUGCUCGCGGAUGGAGCCAUAAAACGGAUCAAAAACACCAACAUCGAAUUGGUCAGGAAUUACGACCACUUGGUAUUGCCCAAAUUGAAGGUGUUAGAGGAACAGCAGUCCUCUGCGACGAAAAAAGGAGGCUCGUCAAGUUCUACAAUUAAGGCUAGAAGAAAUCCAUCCUCACAGGCAUCUUGGUCCCGUUUCUCAAGGGAAAAAAGACGGAAGACGUCGCUGAGGAUGGAUUUCUUCUAGCUCUAAUACAACCUCAUCAUCCUCUGCAUCUUACGUCAUCGCACCGAAAGAGGCACAAGCCUUGGACGGUCUUAGGGCGAUUGAAAAUAACGGACUUCCUGUGCCCCAAUUAGUGAAGUUGGAGGAUCUGUUGAAGGCCGUUGCAGCUGUGCCGGCAGGCGGAAGUAGUAGUUCUGCGACCGGUUCCGACAGUUGUAGUCAUCUCUCUUGGUUAGAAAAACUUCCCACAGUUUCCGGCCGGGCACUUCUGAAUAACUCGACUGAUUCAUCUACAUCUGCUAUGACAAGCACAAGUCCGGAUCAAAAUAAUACUUCAAGUUCAUCUACAACUCAAAGAGUAGUCUUCAUAAGUCUUCCCAGGCACGCGCUUUGCACAAGUGGGGGAGUGUCGAGUGCAGCGGAAGCAAAUAAGCUCAGGCUGGCACUACAAAAACUGGCUCUCGAGUACAAACGCCUCUUUAACACUACUAUCGAGAAAAAUAGUGCUCCCGCAGACGAUGGCCAGGAUGUCUAUUUUCUCUUCCCACACCUAGCAGUGAAGUCAUUUCCGAUACUGCAGACUUUGUUUCUGCAGUAUUACCCGUGUUAUUUGAGACUCUGCAGGGAGAUUGUGUUUGUAGAUCACACUUCUAGUAGUGCUGCUGGAGCUGACACCUCUUCUACUUCACCUUCUUCGUCCUUACAUCACGCAUGGACCCGUAUCGACGCUCUUCUUGCUUCCCAGUUCUUAGUUGGUGUGCCGCUUUACCAUUGUGUUGCAGAUAAACACGACAAGAUAUCUCUAGGGGGUGGCGAGUCGUUGCUUUCUACUAAGAAAAACGACGUCGUGGUACCGAAGCCUGAAGAUGGAAACUUAGUACGGCAGCCGCCAGAGCAAAAGCGGGCUGUGGUGGACUAUUCGAAGGUGUAUGGGUGGAAAGACUCACUGAAAGUUGAAGUGUGGGAACUAUGUCAAUAGACUCCAGAGCUGAUUUUUCCACAAAAGCAAUGCUUCCACCACUCUCUGACCGCUGCUCUCCCUUUUUUCUUUUUUUCUCGAAAUUGAACUUGACGUUGAUAUCACAUUCAUCUAACGCUGAUACAAGAGG